AUGGCUUAUUGCAAAUCAUACGGUAAAGACAAAGUUAUGUUUGUAACCAAGAAGGAUCAUGCAGAGACAAGCAAUAUCAAACUUCCGGAAUCGGAACCGCAACCUGGGUUGCUUUUAAGUAAUGGUGACAUAAAUUGGAAUUGUCCAUGUCUCGGUGGAAUGGCGACAGGUCCUUGCGGUGUUGAAUUUCGUGAAGCCUUCAGUUGUUUCCAUUAUAGUGAAGUUGAACCGAAAGGUUCUGAUUGCUACGACAGUUUCAAGACAAUGCAAGAUUGCAUGUCGCAAUAUCCUGCUGUUUAUAAUCAGAAUAAAGAUGAUGUUGACCCAAAUAUGAAUCUAGAUUUAAACAUUGGAGAUGAUUUCAAAGACGAAGAUGAGCCUGGAUCACAUUCGAACGAAUACGCUGAUGGAGAAGAAGAUGCAAGAGCUGAGAAAAACUCUAAAGCUCUUAAAAGUAUUCCGACUUGA